AGUAGUAGUAGUAGUAGCACUUUUUGCACCGAGUUUGCUCCAUGUUCUUCUCGGCUGUUCCCAGGGGAGAUCGUUGAAUGGAGUAGUGAGCAUUAUCUGUCCAAUGGUUUGAAAGAGGCAGGUUGAUCAGGAGGAGUUCAUGGAUCGCUAACGAUCGACGCGCGGACUCUUGAGGUGCCAAACCUCUCUACCUUUCUCUCAGCCCUGGUGUCCUGGAGACUCAUUUCCUCAGCUGAAGGAGAUCUGUCCUGAUAAAUGCCACCUCUUGAUGCUUAAGUGGAAUCCAGAUCCAAUGAACCCAAGGGAAGUCUGUCCAGCGAGAGGACUACACCAACAAUGAAAGGUGGACGUUGGAAAACAAGAAAAAGGAAAUGUAUGAAGUCACCAGCAAAGAAAGUCGCCUCAAAAACCACUUCAUCUCCGGGAUCAGAGGAAUCAAACACUGUGCAAGGAAGUGAUUUGGCCAUUGUCAGCCAGUUCCCAGCAUGUUCCUUACUGAGCACUCCAGAAAGAGUCGGGAGACGGACAAGACAGACUAAAGAUUUCUGCUUGACCUCCACGCCAGUACGCAGCUCCUCCACUAACAAGCUGACCAAAAUCUCAAAGUCACCUCCUGGAGCAAAACAGGCAGAGCUAGAAUACACUGAGGUCAUCACUCAGUUAAAGGCAGUAGAGGUUGAUUUGCCAUGCUGCAAGUCAAAAACUCAAACCAAAUGCAAGAGGGUGGAUGCUUCCCAGCCAAGACAAGUCAGAAAAAGAGUUCGGAAGGAGCAAGCGCAGACCUGCAAUGAAACCAAGAGUCCACAAGCCAAGCGCCAACGCGUCAAGACACAGAGGACUGAGAAAGGGAUGUUGCAGAAGAAUACCACUUCUCUGUCGUCCAAAAGCUUUAGACCUAGAUUUGAACUGAAGAAGCCUGAUUCAGCAGAACAAGAAGACGAGUCUUUGCUCUCUUCGGAUCUUUCAAUAGAGCUGAGUCACCAUGAACAACAGCUGCCAUCUCUGUCUUCCUCUGAAGAUGAGGAAAGUGAGGACGAGGAGCUACCAAGUUUCUUAAUGCAGAUGGGAAAAAAGCCUCCGUCCAUUACUGAAGGAGCGUUUGUGUGGCACAAAUAUAGAAAUUAUCCGUUCUGGCCUGCAUUGGUAAAAAGAGUGAAUCUUAAGCAGAAAAAAGCCAGCAUUGUGUUCAUCGAUGACCCAAUGAUUCACACAAAAAGAGGGUUUACUGUGACUCUGAAAAUCCUGAAGCCUUUUGAUUGUGAGGAAGCCAGUGAGCUGACGUGUAAAGCCAAAGAAAAUUAUGAUGCUGUUAUUGAGUGGUCGACGGCCCUCAUAGCGGACUACAGAAUACGGAUUGCAUGUGGCUCAUUUUCUGGCUCCUUCAUCAAGUACUUUGCCCACGACAUGAGCUAUCCAGUGAGGAGGAAGUACCCACAAACAGACUCUGAGAAACUAACCAUCACCAGCGAGUCCAUGUUGGGAGAGCCAGGUGACGAUCUUAGGGAGGCUAGCUUCAGUGAUGAGCAGGAGAAGGUCGGCAGGAGAUCAAAGAGGCUGCUGCCGGACCGGACUCAUGCCGCCCACAAUAGAGCCAAUGAGAAACUCGUACAUUUCAUCGUCAAACAGCACAUGGUGGAAAGACGCCUUCUGGCUGUAAUCCGUGGGCGGCAGAAGUCCAGAUGGCUUCGCUCAUUUCUGAGUGCCAAUCGAAGACGGGUGGUGAACACGUACCUGGAAGAUGAACAGCAGUUGGACCAGGUCUACUGCUACCUAAAGGAGCUCCACGAAACAGAGAUGGCCACAGCUCCUUGCCUGGCAGAGGUGAAAGCCAUGGAGCGUGUCCCCUUUGUUCUGGAUGUUCUUCUUCCUGAGGCCAUCAUCCAUGCCAUUGCCGGUGUUGACAAUGUUUCGGUAAAACAGGCAGAGGAAAAGUACUUGAAAGGACGUUGUAUAAGCAACAGAGAAAGACAGGAGUUCGACUUGCUGAUUGAGCAACAAAUAAGAAAAAAGCAUCAGAACACUGCACUUGCAUUAUUGUCUGACUCAAUCAAGUUAGAGGUCUGAUAAUUGUAACAUAAAGGAAAAUAUUUUUAUAUUUGUCAUGUUUUGUUUAUAAGCAUUGUAGCCAUAUCUGUGUGCUUUGCAUUCCACAACUAAUCAUGUGUUCUGGAUUUUACCUCUCAAAAUCUGUUUCUUAAAGAAGUAAAUAAAUCUUUAAUGCAUACCUGUUUGCUGCCAGUACUGCCAAUUUCAAAAUAUACCUGUCACAUAUACUGUUUUCUGUGUGCUUGUUUUAAGAAAAUCAUUAAUUUAGUAGUAAAUUCACUCAAUGAAGAAUGGAGUGCCAAAUAAAUAAAUACCUAUACUACAUCCGUCAAUAAUAUAACAUAAAACAUCAAGUGAUGCAUGCACCCAGGGGCUGCUUAGGAGUUAUACAGUUCCGUGGGCUAUCCCAUCUGUAAACUAUUCCCCAUUCCAAAUAAAUAUUUGAUUUCAUUUGAUAAACUUACUUAAAGUGAAUGACCAAAGUAUUAAA